CAAAGGGGAGGGGGAGGAAGCAUCAAGCGAAGCAAGCCAGCCUGCCGAGGAAGGGUCGCACUACAGUCGCUGCAUCAUGGCUCCUAUCGGACUAAAGGCGGUGGUCGGAGAGAAGAUUAUGAACGAUGUGAUCAAGAAGAUUAAGAAGAAGGGAGAAUGGAAGGCUCUGAUCGUGGACCAGCUCAGCAUGAGGAUGUUGUCCUCCUGCUGCAAGAUGACGGAUAUCAUGACAGAGGGCAUCACCAUUGUGGAAGACAUCAACAAAAGGAGAGAGCCCCUGCCCAGCCUGGAGGCCAUCUACCUGAUCACACCCACAGAGAAGUCUGUCCACACUCUUAUUGGAGACUUCAAAGAUGCUCACUCAUCCAAAUACAAGGCAGCGCACGUCUUCUUCACCGACUCCUGCCCCGACCCCCUGUUCAACGAGCUGGUGAAGAGCCGUACCUCCAAAGUCACCAAGACCCUGACGGAGAUCAAUAUCGCCUUCCUGCCCUACGAGUCCCAGGUGUACUCUCUGGACAACCCCGAUGCCUUCCACAGCUUCUACAGCCCUCAUAAGACCCAGCUGAAAAACCCUGUGAUGGAGCGCCUGGCUGAGCAGCUAGCUACUCUGUGUGCUACGCUCAAGGAGUAUCCAGCCGUCAGAUACAGAGGGGAGUACAAGGACAAUGCCACACUGGCCCAGCUGGUGCAGGACAAACUGGACGCGUACAAGGCUGACGACCCCACUAUGGGAGAGGGCCCAGACAAGGCUCGCUCUCAACUCAUCAUCCUGGACAGAGGCUUUGACCCUGUGUCCCCUGUGCUGCACGAGCUCACCUUCCAGGCCAUGGGCUACGACCUGCUGCCCAUCGAGAACGACGUCUACAAAUAUGAGACGAGCGGUAUGGGCGACUCGCGAGAGAAGGAGGUGCUGCUCCAUGAGGACGAUGACCUGUGGGUGAGCCUGCGACACAAGCACAUCGCCGAGGUGUCCCAGGAGGUGACUCGUCAGCUGAAGGAGUUUUCGUCCAGCAAGAGGAUGAACACAGGAGAGAAGACCACCAUGAGAGACCUGUCCCAGAUGCUGAAGAAGAUGCCCCAGUACCAGAAGGAGCUCAGCAAGUACUCCACCCACCUGCAGCUGGCUGAGGACUGCAUGAAGCACUACCAGGGGACAGUGGACAAGCUGUGCCGCGUCGAACAGGACCUGGCCAUGGGCACUGACGCUGAGGGGGAGAAGAUCAAAGACCCCAUGAGAGCCAUCGUGCCCAUCCUGCUGGACGCUAACGUUAGCACGUACGACAAGAUCCGCAUCAUUUUGCUCUACAUCUUCCUCAAGAACGGUAUCACAGAGGAGAACCUGAAUAAGCUGAUCCAGCACGCCCAGAUCCCCCCAGAGGACAGUGAGAUCAUUACCAACAUGGCCCACCUCGGGGUGCCCAUCAUCACAGACUCGACCCUGCGCAGAGGGAAGAAGAUGGACAGGAAGGAGCGAGUGAGUGAGCAGACCUACCAGCUAUCCCGCUGGACCCCGGUGGUCAAGGACAUCAUGGAGGAUGCUAUCGACGACAAACUGGACACCAAGCACUACCCCUACAUCUCUACCCGCUCCUCAGCCUCCUUCAGCACCACCGCUGUCAGCGCUCGGUACGGACACUGGCACAAGAACAAGACCCCCGGAGAGUACCGCACCGGACCGCGCAUCAUGGUCUUCAUCAUCGGGGGCGUGUCCUUCAGUGAGAUGCGCUGUGCCUACGAGGUUACACAGGCCAACGGCAAGUGGGAAGCCAUCAUCGGAUCCACCCACAUCUUCACCCCCACCAGCCUCCUGGAGCAGCUCAAGGCCAUGAACAAACCAGACGAGGAAGUGGCCAGCUAAAAACCCUCCAAUCACUGCUCUCCUCCUCGGCUUAACCCCGCCCACCCUCGCCAAAAAACCCCACCCCUCAAACCCUACCCCAAAAGGCCCCUCGUUAUUCGUGUAUGCAUCUUGCUUGAGAAGAAAAAAAUGUCGUCAUAACUGUAGAAGAUUUAAAAAAAAUAUAUAAUGUUGUGUCAAAGAAUUGCAAGUUAAACGGACGCAACUAUGAUCACAACCCGAGGCCAUUGAAAACCUGUUGUACCAAAUUGUAAGACUUAUUUAUUUUUUUCAGUUUAACUUUUCGGUGUGAACUUUUUGCAGAGACUUGGAGGAGAGACGUUUUGAGAGUUCGAUGUUGUAAAAUAUAUCAUAUCGAUGAAAACAUGCAAUAUAUAAAUCUAUAUUUCAUCUGAGAGCUCCGCCCCCUUCCCCCUUGUCGAGGUGUUCAAUCCAGUAGCAUGCUUGGAAUCGUUUGGACUGUUGCUGUGUUCGUAUCCGGAUGUCCUGGGAAAUGCAAACGUUGAAAAAUUGUUGUGUUGAAAAUUCUCGCUGAAAAUUUACGUUCCGAGUGUUGAAUUUGUUAUAUGCAAUUUUAGCUUUGGAUAAUGGAAUGUUGUCCAAAAGGUCCCAAAAAAAUUCAGGAAUAGAGAAAAUUUAUCAUAAAUUUUAAGUUUUAGCUGUAGGUUAGGUGAUGCUGCACUGUAAAAAUGAAUGGAAAUAUUGAGUAUUUUUGACUAUCUUUGAUUAAUUUACUUAUUUGAUCGAGAAUAGUCAAAUUUUGUGUUAAUUGUAAGAUGGUAUGACUGGUUUAAGUUUUAGUUCGUGUUAUUUUAAAGCUAAAUUAUUUGGCAGUGGAAUUAGAAAACAUCAAAAAUCAACUUUCUGACACCGCUUGCUGAAAAUUUAACUUGAAAUACAAAAAAAAAACUUGAAAAAAAAUUAUGAUGUUUCACUAAAAUAAUCAAAAAUUUCCAAAUACUUUUUAAUACUUUUAAAUACUAUUUAUUUAUUUUAUUUUAAAUAGCUAUUCUUUUUGCCGUGCAUACAUAGACCAUAUAUGGGGCUAACCGUGUCUGUUCAACACUUCUGAACCCUCAAUUUUCAGUGAAACUAUUUUAUGAAACGCUUGUCUAAUCAGCAGCAAACCACGCUCUGUAAAGUCAAGACUGUAAAGUAUUGUCUCCUAUUUUUCAUUUAAAAAAUAAUCUUCAAAUUUAAAUGUAUAUCGGCCUGUGCUUGCUAAUUGUUAGGGCCGCCAUAUUUGGGACUUUGUUUGACCGGACCAUGCACUCUAGUGUCGUGUGUAAACCCUUAGUUGCCGUUUUAGCGUCUCAAUGUUGACUGGUGAUUUUUCAGACUGUGAAGUAGUGAUAUUUUACUUUCAAAAAUGCUCAUGUGAAGCUAGCUAAUAUGUUGUGAUGUAGCCGUAGCUUAGUUUGGGAAUAAAAAAAUAGAAAUAAAUAGGCCAAUAACUUAUUCUUUACCUCUGGUGCAAUGUAGACCCCGCCACAACGGUGAAUGGCUUUGCGAAAAUUAACCUUUUACUUUCCCCUGGCCAAACGAGUUGUAAUUUUGCACUAUACGCGUUUGUUUUCUGUGCUGCGAACGCUUGGAUUGUGUUGAUCCUUUGGUUGUUUUUUCGGGUUUGCUGUCUGUUGUAUAGGGCUGAUUCCACACACUGGUUCCUAAAGAUUCCUUAGGGGGAAACAUGGGCCUGUCCGGUCCCGCUCAGCUCUAUUGGGGUUGUAUGUUUGCGAGUGUUGAAGCACAAACAAUACUUCCAUGUGUACUACAUGUAUAAGGCUGUCAAUAAAUUGGCUUCCAUCACCUCACCGGCUCCACUUAAUAUC